UGCAGGAUGAGUUCCGACGAGAAGUUGGUCCAAGUCUACAGCCGAGCAAACCGCCGCCGCUAUGGCAAGACUUUUCCAAAGGAGGCUCUGCCUGACUUGGCUGUCGAUGCCGGCAAUGAGGCCAUCGAAGCUGCGGUACGUCGCAAGAAGGAGUGUCAGAAUGAGCAGCAAAACCAGGAUCUGGCCAAGAAGGUCCUGGCAUAUCUGAAGGGCCGCAAGGAUGGCGUGAGCCGUGCAGAGCAUGGAGCCUCCCAGCUGAUGUCCCUCAGCUUGGCGCAGAAGAUUUGGAAUGCCAUGCGCGAGCAGGGCCUGGUGCAAGCUGAUGUGAAGCAGCUGGAGAGAGAGCUUGUGGAGGAAUACACCCGUCCGAAGGGCAUCCGCACAGCUGGGCACUUGGGGUUCUCUGGUUCCUUGGCGUUGCCAUUGACCAACUUGGCCACCCCGCUGCAGAACAUGGAGCGACGGCUGGCGGUGGAACGCAGUGCAGCGCAUGAUGGAGGGGCCGACGUGGUGGCCCUGCAGGCUGUGAAGGACGGGUUGGCCAACGGCGCAGCUGGAGAAGCCGAUGCGGAGGAAGAGGAGGAGCAGCGCGCGCGGACGCUGCGCGAGAUGAAAGCGUGCGCGGAGCGCCUGCUGAAGCCGCGCACGGCGGCGACGGCGCGCUUGCAGAAGAGUUCCUUCGACGCCUUGCAUCGCUUGGUUUCCUGGGCUCGAGAGGCGGCAGAGGCCAAGGAUCGUGACUUGGCGCAGCAGAUGAUUGAUGCCGGGGUCGAGGAGAUCUUUCGAAACAGGCUUCACAAAGGGGAGCCUUGCGAGCACCAGCAUUGCAUUGGUGGGUUAGAUGCUCUUGUUGGCUUGGGCUUCUGCCCUCGUGCCGCGAAGAUGUUGAAGGCCUUGCGGAACCUGAACCAGUUGCAUCAAGAGGAGAAGACACACAUGAAGGCCCUUCUGGAGCUCUGUGAUUUCCUGCUGGAAGAGUGCGAUGCGCGGCAGGCUGACUCGGACACCGCCGAUCGCGCGGAGCUGUGGAUCUUCCUGGGCCACGACGUGGUCUCGGUGCUGGCCUCCGCCUGUGCCACGCUGCCCUGGAGCAAUCGCGUGGCUGGGAGGCGUGCGCUCUGCAAGACUUUCAUCAGAUUGCAAGAGAUUGUCGCUGCGGAGUCUGAGCACCAUCAGAUUGCCCACAAGGAGAAACUAUGCAGCCUGGCCCAGUUGGCUCGGGAGGUGCAGCAGGUCCUGUGUGAGGCGUGCUAUGCAGGGAAGACUGUGCAGAAGCGGAAGAACUUGGCAGGCAACCUGAUGCCUGGGGAGCUGGCCACCGUUCGCAGACGCUGGAGCAAUCUGCCUGAGGAUUUGGUGCUGAUCCUUCAACGGCUCGGUGGUCCAGAAGCAGUGGUGAAACUUGUGCAGCUGGCAGGUGUCACAAACGGCUGGUCCCGGGACUUUGGACAGGAGGUCUCCAAGCUCUGGGAACUGGUGAGUGACAAUGAGUGGACCAACGUGGAGUGGGUGGAUCCUGACAUCGAGGAUUCGGCAGAUCCAAGCGCAGGUGACGAAGUUCCAGCGCUGCCAGCGCUGCGCCGGAGCUUCACGGCGGCGAGCCGCAAGCGCAAAGCGGUUGCCAUGGAGGGCUGAAAGCCAUGGCGGCUAGCGGGGGUGUUGGGCAAAGGAGAACACCG